CAGAGAUACGGUUUUUCAACUGUUCUGUGAGUAAUGAUCUGGGUCUAGUUUGGUGUGGCCCAUGCAAAUACAGGAGGAUUUUUCUCUUGGUGGCAAUAUAGGUGAUAAACAGUACUGCCUAAGGUCUCAAAACCCUGGACUUCUGUGCUGACCUUGUAGAGCGCAAUUCCAGCUAGCAUCUUGUUAUAGAUUACGCAACUUGUGAAACACUUCUGAAAUAUGAAAUAAGAAGAAAAAUAUUUAACUAUAGCAUAACAAUUAUACCUCUCUAUCCAUCAAAGUUUCUUUAUUCCACUACCUUUCAUCGUGCCACAUCUUGAAUGAAAUAUUGAGUAAACCAAAGUGUAUAGGAAGAAAUAAAUCAUUUUCAUAGUCAUUAAUCUGCCAUGGGGGUGAUAAGCUUCAAAGACAUCUUUUUUGAGAGCUUUGUCAAGUCCAGUGGAGCAUCUCAGACAGUGUUCACCUUCCUUUUGAUUCCAUGUUGCUUGACUCUGAAUUUCAGAGCACCGCCUUUUCUUCCAAAUGCGACUUUCAUCUGGGCCUGGAAUGUCCCUUCUGAAUUUUGUUUUGGAAGGCUUAAUGAACCACUAGAUCUGAGCCUCUUCUCUUUACAAGGAAGUCCACGAAAAGAUGCCACUGGGCAGGGUGUCACAAUAUUUUAUACUGAUAGACUUGGUUACUACCCCUAUAUAGAUCACAUAACAGGCACAAAUGUGCAUGGAGGAAUCCCCCAAAGGGCAUCCUUACGAAAACAUUUAGAGAAAGCUAAGAUAGACAUUGUCCAUUACAUGCCAAAAGAUAAUUUGGGCUUGGCUGUCAUUGACUGGGAUGACUGGAGGCCCACCUGGGAAAGAAACUGGAAGCCUAAAGAUGUGUACAAGAAUGAGUCUAUUGAUUUAGUUCUAAUUUUACAAGUUCAUGUCUCAAAGAUUGCUAAGAUAGCCAAAGAAGAUUUUGAAAAGGCAGCAAAGAAUUUCAUGCUAGAGACUUUAAAAUUGGGAAAAUUACUUAGGCCAAAUCACUUAUGGGGUUAUUACCCUUUCCCGGAUUGUUACAAUCAUAAUUUUGGUGACCCCAGUUACAAUGGAGCUUGCUUUGAUAUAGAAAAGAGAAGAAAUAACCGUCUUGACUGGUUGUGGAAGGAAAGCACUGCCCUUUUCCCAUCCGUUUAUUUAAAGAGCGACUUAGGGUCUUCUCAAAAGGCUGCAUUCUUUGCUCGUAAUCGUGUUCAGGAAGCCAUCAGGCUUUCUAAAGUACGUGAUAUUAAAAAUCCACUUCCAGUUUUUGUAUACACCUGCUUAGUUUUCACUGAUAAAACUUUGAGAUUCCUAUCUCUGGAUGAUCUUGUGAACACGAUUGGUGAAAGUGUUGCUCUGGGUGCUUCUGGAAUUGUAACCUGGGGAAGCCUUGGGUUAAUGCGAAGUGUGAAAUCUUGCCUGGAUUUAGACAAUUAUGUGACGAAUACACUGAAUCCUUACAUAAUCAACGUCACUCUAGCAGCCAAAAUGUGUAGCCAAGUGCUUUGCGAGGACCUAGGAGUGUGCAUAAGAAAACACUGGAAUUCAAAUUAUUAUCUUCACCUGAACCCAAUGAAUUUUGCUAUUCAGAUUGGGCAAAAUAGAAAGUAUACAGUAAUUGGAAAACCUUCACUUGAGGACCUCGAGGAAUUUUCUCAAAAUUUCUAUUGUAGCUGUUAUACUAACAUGAGUUGUAAGAAGAGAGUUGAUCUGAAAAAUGUUGAUGCUAUUUAUGUGUGUGCUGCUGGAGAUACUUGUAUAGAUGCCUUUCUAAACUUAGAACCCAGUGGUCAUCUUUAAAUCUGAAAAAAAAAAAAAAAAGAGAUCUUCUCACAUUUCCAGCAGUGUCUUAUCCUCCAUAACAUCUGUCAGAGUGUCUCAAAACCAAUUGUUCUGUAUAAGCCAACUCCAUCUAUUAAGAGUUUUGUUAAAAUAAUAACUGGGAAAAUAUACCCAGUCAUUUAUAUUUUCAAAACAAAGAAAA